AUGGAUUUCAUUCCUUGUUCGUUCGAUGCCUUUAUUGACAAUUUCUUGGCGUGCUACCGACCCUGCUACUCAGACUAUCUCCAGCAGCUGGUCACCAACGGGACCUGUGGUGCUAACUACACCACCCUGGCCGCCAGCACCGACCGCUCUGAUCUCAAGUGCAUCUGCGAGAACGCAAACGGGGUCUCCAAUAACUGGACGUCGCAGGUCCUGGAGUGCACGCACACCUCGUGUAACGGAACAUUCAACUACACCCGGUGGGCAGACAGUAUGUGGAGCUACGAUAACAUGUGCUAUUACGCUUCAGGCACGGCGGGUUACAAGACAUGCUCCUCCUCAGCGGCAUCCAAGACAACAUCCACCGCUGGACUGGUGAUUGGGCUAUUGGCAUUGAGCCAGGUAUUUUUGCUUUGA